AUGAUCAACGGUGCUGCGCAUAGUGCGCCGAAGGCGGCCGAAGCGCUUCCUUUGACAUAUCACCCAGUGACUACCUCCUUAAAUUCCCUGCCGCAGCUCACGCCUCAAGAUAAGCUAUUCUUAGCGGCGCGCUGCUUCGUCGUGACGCUCGGUCUGCUCCUCGUAACUUUCCACUUUUUCAAGGACUCUGCCACGUGGCACUCGCCUAUUGAGUGGUUAGCGGCAGAUUUCCGCCCUUUCGAUGCUAAUAUUUCGGGGAGCGUUUACCAGGAAGGAUUUGCGGCUGUAUCCAUACCUGCUGAUUCCCCACCCGCUGUAGCCUUACCUGCUGAAUCCGCACCGGCUGUAUCCUUACCUGUUGAUUCCCCACCGGCUGUAUCCUUACCUGUUGAUUCCCCACCGGCUGUAUCCUUACCUGCUGACUCCCCACCGGCUAAGCCCCCGCCUGAAGGGGAUGGCGCUCUCGUCGCUUUCGAUCGCGCUUUCGCCGCUCUGAUCUCGUUGCAGCGAAAAGCUCGCUUUUCGCUCGCCAAUGUCGCGACAUUUCAUCUCGACCCCUCCGUUACCAGUGCCUCCAUCGCCACGCGCUACAAGCUUCUCUCGCUGCCCGUUCCACGUGUGCCCGAGAAUCUGACGUGGAGUGACGUGUACCCUGCGAAUCGCACAUGGUUACCAGUGGUGUUACUCUCCUCAUGCCGCCCGCCGCCCAACCUCUUCCACUGCUCGCGACUCGUGACGCGGGAGGGGGACACGUGGCUGUACAACCUGACGGCCAGUGACAUGCUGACACGUGUACAGCCCCUGGGAUCAUGCUCCAUGGCUCAGCCUAUCAACAGCAAGGUGGCAGCCAACCAACGGGUCGCGUAUGCUACAGUGCUACACUCGUCGGAUCGCUACGUGUGUGGCGCAAUAGUACUGGGGCAGAGCAUAAGGAGGACGGGCAGCACGCACGAGAUGGUUGUGCUUGUAUCGAAGGAGAUUCAAGAGGAGAGCAGGCGAGGGCUCAAGGAGGCGGGGUGGACGGUGAAGGAGAUUGAGAGGAUUCGCAACCCCCACGCACUCAAUGGGACUUAUAACGAGUGGAACUACAGCAAGCUGCGGCUGUGGCAGCAGACGGAGUACACCAAGCUGCUCUUCAUUGACUCGGACCUGCUCCUCUUGACCAGCGUUGACUUUCUCUUCUCCUACCCCGAGAUCUCCGCCCGCGGAAACGACGGCACGGAUUUCAACUCAGGCGUGAUGGUCUUGGAGCCGUCGGAUUGCAUGUUUGACCUGCUGAUGGCAAAUCUGGAGCGCGUGCGAUCGGAGAAUGGAGGGGACCAGGUGAGACCAUGUUGUUAUGUCAUGUGA